AAAGGUGCCACCAUAAUUCAUUUUGUGUUGUGUUCGUCAACGAAAAUGGCACGUCUGUUUGGACUCCUCCUGUUCCUGUUCGCCUCGAGCGGGGCGAUCGCGGACGACUGGGAAUUGGGCAUGAUGUCCUCCGAAGGUCCGGACGGGAUGGCCAUCCUAUACAAUCACGAGACCGAACGGGGGAAGGACAAGGGUUUCAGCACCAUCACGUUGGAGUGUCACGACGACAGCUUCCACAUCGUGAUCGAGAUGAAGUACACGUUCGAGGGGAUGGUUUUCGUCAACAACAAUCAGUUCCGCGACUUCGAAACGCCCUGCAUGCUGGGCGUGGAUUCGUCCGAACAGGACUCGGACUACAGGACGUUCCGCAUGGAGGUUCCGUUCGAUCCGCACACAUGCUACACGUACUACAAAGACGGCGUUUUUAAAAAUGUUUUGGUCAUUCAACAUGAUCGGGUGUUCAAGAGUUAUUCUGACGCGUAUUUUGAUAUUGAGUGUAGCUAUGACCAUUACGAAAAGGAGACAACGGUGAAAGGAAAAGCGUUCAUUCAAGAGAUCGAAAUUACUGACGAGUUUGUAAACCGCCUGCGGGAUCCCCCGAGGUUCAUGCGAGGAGAGAAUACGGGAAAGAGGAAUAGCAGUGGAGGUUAUUUAGGAAAUCUCCAAGUAAAUUUACAUGAAGAACUAUGAGUUUGUUUAUUGUGCCUUAUGUUUUUUACAAUUUUAAUUUUAAAUAGAUUUUACACAUUUUAAA